AUGGAGCGGGAACCGAUCGAGGCAGCCCCAGGAUUCUCUAUUCGUUUGAGAGAAUUAUCUGCGAAGGAAACCAAGGAGUGCCCUAGUCAAAGGUUCUGCUUUGAUGUUUCGGUUUCCCCGCUGGUCGGCAACUCUGAGUCUGAUAACAACGAUUCUCCUUGGCCUGGCAAUGUCGUGGACUUCGGAUUCAAGAUCUACAAUCGAUUGAGCUUGGCCGAGAAAGAGUCGUACGAUAAGGCUGUGAGUAAAUUUGUCGACGCCGGCUACUGGGUGCCGAUCGAUGACGAUGCUGUAAUCCGUGACACCGCUGCUCCAAAGGUGGUCAGCUUCCCUGUUAAGCAGGUUGACGACUCCGUACCUGACGGUCCUACUAAAGUAACCAGUUUCAAAGUUAGACCGGUCAUUCAGGCCGUUGGAGUCAAUCGUGUUAUCAAGGCUGGAGGGGCUAGAAAAGCUUCCUACUCCGGCGACUCUGUUCCUGAGUUCCUACUGGGUCUCCGGUUAAAUUUUUCUCGUGCUGGAGAAGGUCACUUAGGCCUUCUCUCCCUCGAUGUUGGUAAAGCUUUUUAUCGCUUCCAGCUGAUGGCACGGUCAGAUUCAAAUGGAGAUGCAGUGUCAUCCCUUGGUUACCUCUAUAUCCGAGGCGCAGGCCGAUGGUAUCGAUGCGAUAGGCUUGCAUUCGGACUUCUGCACG